CCCGUGACAAAGUGAAUGGGACAGCUGUAACUGCAACUUGUUCAAGUUAUAUCUUCUCAUUCUCUGUCAAGGGGCGCGGUUUGUGUUCCUCUUGCUCGCACCCUCAGACCGUCUUCGUCAGGAUCGCAGAUUUUCCCGCAACCAUCACACCAAUCUCCACACGUUCCGGACCCGCGGUGCCAGUUGACGGUUACGUUGUUAGGCUUCUCUCCCUUCGAUCGAGCACACGAGCUCUUGCCCUCCUUUUGAUCGCCGCCGUCAACCCUCGCGGACCUUGUUGCGACUCAAACUUCACCUGCGCCGUUGGGUUGAAGUGAUCCCUCUCUUAGACACUCGACAGUUGGCCUCGCACACAGGCACUCAUGGCUGGCCCCGCCUCAGCCCGUUGCGUCCGCCUGGCAAACCGAAACAUGUGCAACGUCCACCACCUCAGACUGUAGCAGAGUUUGCGGCUAGGAAAAGAGAAAAAGACACAAAGAAAAAGAAGGCGAGAGGGACAUAAUGGACUUCACACUCGCACUCACCCAUUUCUGCGAGGCGCAUGGCCCCAAGUCUGUUCUUUGCACACAAGUCCUCCCGUUGGAAUGUGCAUUAUGCCUCCCACCGUCGCCUCCUCUAAGAGCUUCCUCAUCCACCGAAUCCCUCACCACCCAAGUCCACAAUUCCUCCCUUGAAUCGUCACAGAGCCUCCAUGCGCCGCCGGCACUGAGAAAAACUGACACCAAUUCCACCUGGCCUACCGACAUUUCCGGCGCAUCCACCGCGAUUGACUCGGAAGCAGAACCUGAAAGCCCGACCAUCGAGAAACACCCUCUUUUUCAAACGGUUGACCAGACACGGACGCUCUCCUCACAGUGGCGCUAUGGUCGCAACCAAGACGAGAAUUGUGCCAGCUGCAGUUUCUCCGUUCCCAAGGCUGUAGCAGAAAAGCUUCCGGCCGGCGCACCAGGUAGCAAGCGGGCGGAUAGUCAAAACAACGUCAAUACAGGAGCGCCAGUGCUGAGAUCAAGAGAAUUUGUCUGUCUCCGAGAGAAGAAGAGAAGGAAUAGCAGUCUUCAUAUCUCCGACGAUUCCAAACCGUCCUCUUAUGGCUCAUCAGUCACGUCAUCCGACUCCUCCCACACGACAUCGCAUCCACAGUUUCAUCGAUCCGACGACUGUCACGACCACACCCUGACAUACCUUACCGCCAAAUCUCCCACCGACCGAGAGAGCUAUGCGCAAUUACGUGCUUCUGUCAUUCGGACUUUGUCCUGUGAACUGCUUCCCCGAGGCAUGUCGGACGGCCCUUUCUGCUUCGGUGAUUCAAAUACAGGCUAUACCAUUGCAUACGUCUUUCGGCUCACCGAUCCGAAGGCCCGAGGCCGACGGCGGGCCUACGCUUUCCUCGCCCUGGCAGGCAAAGAUGCCAGCCGCGCGUUUCAAGCCUGUCCCAUGCUUUGGGAAUCAUUCGCGCGGAUGGCCAAGGGGAUUGAAACAGCCGCGCAGAAGCAACGGAACAAAGAAGAAAAGGAAGCCGAGUCGCUGGACGUGAGCGGCAAAACGACCGCGAGGAAUUAUACUCCAGUGUCUUCCUUCUUGACAGCUCGCACAGUAGACCCAGACGGUCACCCGCGUCGCGUUGGACAAGCUACACCGCGUAGCUUAGCUGAGAUAGUAGGCGACGAAAACAUUUUCACGUUUCUGCACCAAUAUUUUGUCGCCAUCCUGCGCUGCCUCGGCGAGCGCUUUGGUGGACCCCCACUGGCAGAAAAUCCGCUCGUCUAUCACUCUACAAGUGAAGAGUUGCCGCGGUUCAGCAAAGCAGAUGUCGUCCAAGCCAGAGAGCAUAGAGAUAAUAGCAAUCUAGGUCUGUCAGAUUCCAACGGGUCUGACAGAACUCAUCUCGAGAGCCUACGAGAUCAAGAUACGACACCAACACCACAGCUUUAUCAAAUGAAUUCCAGCAAGACUUGGCCAUUGCAACAACCACAGCAGCAAGAGAUGGCAGAGACAAUUGCGCCCGAGAGGAAAGACAAGGAAAGUGAGGAUACUGUAUCCGAGGUUGACCUUGCAAAAUCGAAAGCGAGAAAGUCUAUCAAGGAGAAGGAUAAGAACAAGAUGUUCGCCAAUACUAAUAUGACCUUGAAGAAGCUGAACCCACAAUGUGCUAUGCCUAUGGCCGUCACGGAGACGGCACAGAGACAGGUUGUCGUAUGAUAUGCUUUGACGGGUCGGCAACAACGCGAGAGAGGCCCGGUGCAAUGGAAAUGGAGCACCGGGUAAUGUAUGUUGGAGAUGGAGAUUUGAUGAACACGACAUGGCCUCACCCUAUGAUACCCAACACGACGGCCAAGCUGGGACGAAAUGGAGGGUCCCAGCCAUUGAUUCUGUGGCCUAAUAGCGCCCAGACGCUGGGAAUAGAGCCGCAGGGAGCGGUUGUGCCCCCUUGCAUUGUACGGAGCACAAGGAUUAUUACCUGGUGGGCGGCGGCAUUUUGAUUUCAGAUUUUUGCCCAUGACAUUGAGCUAUGUUAUCUUGUCUCUGCCAAGCAAGAUGAUACCACGAUACACCGAGUGAACCCUUGAGUUAUCUUUUGCGUGGCGGACGGGCGGGAUAUUGUACGUUACCGAGAGCUGUGAGCCUAUAUUAUCACGCACCUAGAUUACUCGAGAACAAAAAAUCUACCUUGCAACCACGGUUCGAUCCUAGAAAGUGAGCGAAGGGCUGCUUGAACCAGAGCUUUCACUGAACCCUUCAGCUGAGCCCCUCCUGAGCACCCGUUGAAUUACA